AUGUAUAAAGGAAUUGUACGUUCACAUCUCGAUUAUGGUUCACAGCUGAUGAAACCCUGCCCGAAACAAGUCCUUGCCAAAUUGGACAAAAUGCAAUACCAAGCACUAAGAAUCGUGACAGGAUGCAUGAGGUCCACCCCAACUAACGUACUAUUAGCAGAGUGUGCUGAAAUGGCACUGGAGUACAGGAGGAAGUGGUUAGCAAGUAAAUUUGUACUAAAAAUAAUCGCAGAACAAGAACACCCAAUCUCAGAACUAUUACUAGAACUGGACAGCUACUGUCAAUCCAAACGAGGUUACUGGACACGGAGGGAGGUGCCAUACAUUAUUGAAGCGCUAGAAGAAGUAGAUCAACAUGCGAACAACAUACAUGCGGAAAAAAUCCUACCAUGUUUCGAAAUAGAACACGUACAUCAGAUAACUCCAAUUGAAGUUGCUAACAUUAACAACGACAGAGCGCAAAUAAACAGCAACAAAGAAUUUCUAAGUAUAUUUGGACCAAAGUUUGAACAGCAUACCUGGAUCUUCACCGAUGGUUCUCUCGACAAAAAUCAAGGAAACGUGGGACUAGGAGUGUUCAUCCCAAGCAUCAACCACAAAUUUUCAGCAAGACUUCCUCAACUCACACAAAUAUGCACUGCAGAAGUUAUAGCGAUAAACAAAGCCAUUACCAUAUGCCUAGAGAGGAACCUGGACAAGUCAGUAAUAUUCUCGGACUCAAAGUCAGCUCUACAAAAAAUCUCGAGCACGGAAAUCAACAAAGAUAGGGACCACAUUUCUCUGAAAACAAAAAGAAUGUUGUUAGAAGCAGAGGCAAACGGCUGCGAAAUCAAAUUGGCAUGGAUUCCGGGUCACUCCAACAUCCAUGGGAACCUAGUGGCAGACACACUGGCAAACAUUGGAAGAAAUUCUGAAAAUCAAGUAGAAGUAGAACUAGACAAAAAUGAUGUCCUACCAACAAUUAAGCAGCAAAUACAGGCUAAAUGGAAACAAGAAUGGAAAUUGAGUACAAAUUCACGAGGUUUCAGCUAUGCACAGAUAAUAAAGGAGUUCCCAAGUUCCCCAUGGUUCACCUUGUUUCCAUAUAAGGACAGAAGGCAUCUAACAACGAUAAUUAGAAUGAGAACAGGUCAUUGUUUAACCAACAAGCAUCUGCACAGAAUAGGAAUUCUGACUCACCCGUAUUGUGAAUGUGGACAGGUGGGUGACUUAAAUCACAUCAUAUUGGAAUGUCCACUAAAUAAGAAUCCUAACUUUGACUUAUAUCAGGAAUUAUCCAAAGCUGGCACGCAAAACCCCUUUUCGAUUACCACUUUGAUAGAAAAACUUAAUUAUCAAACGAUCUCCAUACUGUUGAAGUUCUUAAAUCUUUGCUGUGUCAAAUUGUAA